AUGACUACCUUUAAGAAUCACGAAGAGAUUCUGGAAACCGCUUUCCGCGACCCCCAAAACACCGCAAUCAAUUUGGAGCCCUCCAAUGUAAACAGAGUCAUCAAGAGCGGAGCCUAUGACGCCGAUCCGAAUAUACAUUACACGAAAACCCAAUUAUGGGACAUGGAAUACAACAAGGCGUAUAACCCGGAAAAAUACUUGCGACACAUCUUGCGGCCAGGAAGCGUUCGGAUCUUCAAUGUACAGAAAGAUGGCCCGAGAGAGACAUUUGUCCGCGUUUCAGACCAAGUAACAUGGGUGGACCCUUCCAAAUACAGCACGGUCAUUGAGCAAGUUCUCAUAGACAACGAAAGGCAGCGAGCAUUCUUCAUUGGUGUCCCGGAAGUCGAAGACCCAGAGGGCAAGAAAAUUGUCUCGGGAGACCAAGUGCUUUUCCAUGUCGAGCACUCUGCGGCUGGAGCUGAAGACGAACCGCUCAACAUUUGGCGAAUUGUCCACUUAGACAAGGACGAAGACGGAAAGAUAAAGGAGGCGUUUGCGAAGAUGGGUGCUGCACCGUACCUAAGAGAGUUUAACGAGGUGUAUAUCCGUGAGGAUCUGGGCAAGAAGCUGAUUCGGAUUUGA